CUGUAAUGGGAAUGAACUAGGUGAAGUUUGCACUUGUUUUCUCUUUGUUUUACAGAGUGGGUGAAAUCCUGCUGGGACAAUGACUUUGCAGAAUUUCCUGAAUUAGAACCUCUAGUGGAGUCUGACAUCUUGGAGAAUGAGUAUCAUGUACAAAACCUGUAUCCCCUUUUAUCUGUCAUGGAUGACUGGAUUGAUAAUAAAGAGGGCCAAGAAGGGGAAGGUUUCUGGAUGGUAUUGGUAGAGAAUGACUUUUCUCACAAAAACUUGAUAGCGCUCCUGGCAUAUUUAGUGGAAAAUGGAAGCAAGAAAGGAUCAAGUGUUCAACAAAAAGAGGCUGCUUUACUGUCUUCAUGCAAUUAUUUCAAGCUGCUGACCAUUCCAGGAAGUACAGCAUUCAAAAUCUUCCACCCAGUUUUGUUUGAGAAAUGUGUGGAUAAUUUAAAACAAUUGAAGACACAAGGGACAGGGAAAAGAAAGAAAAGUGUAUCGCCUGCUUGCAGUCAGAAGAGAAAGAAAAACAAAGCCAACAAAACACAGAGGUCGAGAGACUCUACUGGCAGUAUAGAGGAAUUCCAAGAUGACAGUAAUAUCGAAGAAGACAUGUCUCCUCAAGAAAUUAAUAAACUUAACAAACUGUAUCUGUCAGUCCUACAGGAUUUGGUCAGUCUGUUGAUGGUUACCUCCCUCAGACAGUCGGAAUCCUCCACCUACCACACGGUACAGGUGCUACAUAGAAGAUAA